AAACAGUUAUUUUCUUUUGUUUUUCUCUUCUCUGUUUUGCUCAAAUGUAGUGCGGCACUGACAAGACUCGAGAGUCACCGCGCAAGGAACUUCGCCGCAACGAAGAGGAGAUUCGUCGGAGAACCGCCAUAACCGCCAUGUCUUCGAGCUUCAGUCCGUGUAGCCCCGGCACCGGCGCCAGCUCGAGGUUCCAGCUGGGCGGAGUCGGCGGCGUCUCGCGGCUGAGAUCUUCGUCCCACAAGAAGCCGCCCGAGCCGCUGCGCCGAGCCGUCGCCGAUUGCCUCUCGUCCUCGGCGGCGAGCUCUCACCACGGUGGCGCCGCCGCUUCCUCCACUGUCCUCCUCUCCGAGGCUUCCAGGACUCUACGGGACUAUUUAGCAGCGCCUUCUACAAUGGACUUAGCUUACAAUGUGAUUUUAGAACAUACAAUUGCAGAGAGGGAGCGAAGUCCUGCAGUUGUUGCAAGAUGUGUGGCACUUCUGAAACGCUACCUCCUACGAUACAAACCCAGUGAGGAGACAUUACUGCACAUAGAUCGGUUUUGUGUGAACAUAAUUGCCGAGUGUGACACUACUCCAACCCGGCGAUUGCCUCCACGCUCGUCAAUUCAACAAUCUGGUGCAUCAACAGCAUCUACAAAUGCUUCUCCAUUGCCUGUUUCCAGUUUUACGUCUGGGGCACUUGUAAAAUCAUUAAAUUAUGUGCGUUCUCUCGUGUCUCAACAUAUUCCAAAGCGGCUUUUUCAACCAGCCGCUUUUGCUGGAGCCCCGUCUGCUUCAAGACAGGCACUUCCAACACUGUCAUCUUUGUUAAGCAAAUCUUUCAAUACCCAAUUAAGCCCUGCACACAGUGUGGAACAUUCAGAGAACAAAGAUGUUACAAGUUUAUCUCUUUCAAACUCGUCAAACAUUGAAAAGGUUGAUGGAACAGAUGAUUCUGAGUACAUUGCACUCGAUGUUCUCAAAUGGCGCUGGCUUGGGGGAAGUCAGUCAUCGUUUUUGCCAACAGAAAGUGACCGUGUUGUGAAUCCUCAAGACAUGAGAACACGAAACUUCAUAGAAGUUGGUGCAGCAGCUUUGCUGGUGGGGGACAUUUAUGCUAAAAUGAAAGGUCAUCCUUGGAAAUAUUUUGGAACAGCUGAUAUGCCUUACCUUGAUCAGCUGCUGCAGCCUUCACCAGUAACAGCAAUAACAGAUUCUGCCUCUGCUCGUCCCCACUUAAGAGCAAUAACAGCAUCUAAACGUACCAGAGCAGGCCCUCAUCAAAUAUGGGAGGAUUCUCCUGCGAGCACAUUCCGUCCUCGAGCUAGACCACUCUUCCAGUAUCGUCACUACAGUGAACAACAACCUUUGCGACUGAAUCCUGCUGAGGUAUGCGAGGUUAUUGCUGCAGUUUGCUCUGAGACAUCUACACCAAAUGCUAACGCCAUGACAAUAUCAUCUAGGUUAAAUAGUCACGGUGGAAAGCCAUCAAUGGAUGUCGCCGUGAGCGUUCUUGUUAAACUUAUUAUUGACAUGUAUGUUUCGGAUUCUGCGACCGCUGCUCCUCUCACUUUGUCUAUGCUUGAGGAAAUGCUCAGUUCUCCAAAAACAGCUUGUAGAGCUCGUGCAUUUGAUUUAAUUUUGAACCUAGGUGUUCAUGCUCAAUUACUAGAGCCAAUUAUAAGUGAUAAUGUUUCUACAGUCGAGGAAGAAUAUUCUCAAGAAUCAUACUUUGAUAGUGAAGCUAAACUUGCACCUCAAGGAAACAUGAAAACAGAUACUGUUAAGAUGGGGACUUCCGCAGCUAUUUACAAUUUUGAGUCAUGGAUUUUGAACAUUUUGUAUGAGAUACUGCUGCUUCUUGUUCAGAUAGAAGAGAAGGAAGAAUCUGUUUGGGCUUCUGCAUUAAGCUGUCUGCUGUAUUUUGUUUGUGACAGAGGAAAAAUCUGGAGAAACAGGUUAAACGGUCUUGACAUAAGGGUUGUUAAGGCACUUCUAGAAAUUAGCAGGAAGAAUUCUUGGGCAGAAGUAGUUCAUUGCAAACUUAUCUCCAUGUUAGCAAACAUGUUUUAUCAAGUCCCUGAAGGACCUUCGAUGGGCGCAAGUUCUCCAGUGUUUCUUGUGGAACAGAUUGAUCUGAUUGGUGGAAUCGAGUUUAUUUUUCUUGAGUAUACACUUGCAAACUCGAGGGAUGAAAGGAGAAGUCUGUAUUUGGUCCUUUUUGACUAUGUUUUGCAUCAAGUAAAUGAAACAUGCAUAGCUACAGUGGUCACAGAGUAUAGUGAAGAUGAAAUCCAGCCUCUUGCUGCCCUGCUUGCUCUUGCAGAUGCCCCUGAAGCGUUUUAUAUUUCUGUAAAGCUUGGGGUUGAAGGUAUUGGAGAAAUUUUGAGGAGGUCAAUUUCUGCUGCAUUAUCCAGAUAUCCCAAUAGUGAUCGACUAAAUAUGCUGUUGGAGACUGUAACAGAGAAAUUUGAUGAGAUAAUAAGUUCGUUUACUCAUUUGGACAGAGAGUUCUCCCAUAUGCUGCAGAUAACGAAAUCUCACAAGUUUCUUGAAAGCAUUGAAGGGGGAGCACUGAGAAAUGGUACUGACAUGAAUGCAAAACUAUCAUGGGCCACUUUACAUUCCCUGCUUCAUUCGGAUAGAAUUGCAUACCGGCAGAAUGGGUAUGCCUGGUUAGGGGACCUGCUUAUUGCAGAAAUCAGUGAGGACAGGAGUGCAAUAUGGUCAAAUAUAAAAACUCUGCAACAGAAAAUUGCUGAUGCUGGUGUUCAUGAUUCAUCCGUUGUGUUGGAUGUCCCUCUAUCUAUUUGGCUGAUGUGUGGCCUUCUGAAAUCAAAGCACAACUUCAUCAGAUGGGGGUUUUUGUUUGUUCUAGAAAGGCUCCUCAUGAGGUGCAAGUUUUUGCUAGAUGAGAAUGAAAUGCAGCGCUCAAACAGUAGUGAUGCCAUGUGUGCAGACAAAGAUAGCCGUCUUGAGAAAGCUAAUAUAGUGAUAGAUGUCAUGAGUAGUGCCUUAACCCUUGUGUUUCAGAUUAACGAGACAGACCGCAUCAAUAUUUUGAAGAUGUGUGACAUACUAUUCUCUCAGUUGUGUUUGAGAGUUCCUCCAGUUACUGCAAUUUCAUUUGGAGAUGAUAUCAGCCACAGUAGAGCUAUUAGUAGCAUGGAUGAAAAUAAAAAAUUUAAUGUUAACGGGUGUGGAUCUCAACUGGAGAAUUCUCCUGAUGUUAGUAAAGAUGCUGAUGGCAGAUUGAGCCACAAUAAUUACAAUCUUCUUGAUUAUGAGACAGCAUCAUUGGCAGCACUGCUUCUCCAGGGGCAGGCUGUUAUUCCCAUGCAGUUAGUUGCCCGUGUACCUGCUGCCUUGUUCUAUUGGCCAUUAAUUCAACUUGCUGGUGCAGCCACAGAUAAUAUUUCAUUGGGUGUUGCUGUUGGAAGCAAAGGAAGAGGGAACCUGCCUGGUGCAACAUCAGAUAUUCGGUCAUCGCUUUUGUUACUUCUAAUUGGUAAAUGCACGGCAGAUUCUGCUGCUUUCCAAGAAGUUGGCGGGGAAGAAUUUUUUAGGGAACUUUUGGAUGAUACAGAUUCAAGGGUCGCAUAUUAUUCUUCAGCUUUUCUUCUAAAGCGAAUGAUGACAGAAAAACCAGAAAAAUACCAACACAUGCUUCAGAAUCUUGUUGUCCGAGCUCAGCAGAGUAACAAUGAAAAGCUGUUGGAAAAUCCAUACCUUCAGAUGCGUGGCAUACUUCAGCUGGCAAAUGAUCUAGGAACUGGGCUAUAGUCUGGUGGUUCAAUUUUCGGAUAUUGUUUUUCUUUGUUUGGAGACGCCACAUGGCUGAGUGGCUUCAUGUUGCAGCUACUGGUGCUGUCUUGAGUGACGUACAUUAUUUCUUCAAGAUUGAAAUAUAUACAUCUGAGAUAUGCAUGAUUUCUGGCCAUGCACAAAGUGCUAACCUGGUCUGCGAAAGUACUUUAUUCUUUCUAGAAUCCCGAUUUUAAACCGAAAAAGAUGUGGUGCUGACAGAAAAAUAAUAGGAAAAAGAGUAGACAACAUUUGCAUGUGGUCGAUUCAGCCAUAGGAUAAUGCUGGAAAUCUAUUCAGAUUACUAUAUUACUGCGACACAAGUUUGCCACUGGUUUCUGCAUAGAGAUCUCUGAAAAAUGGUGACAGCAUUAACGUCUGGUUCCGAGUUUCCAUCUCUAGUUUGUACAGAAAUGUAACAAUUUGUAGCGGGGUUCCUUUGUUGUGUAAAUUCUAUUUAGUUUUAUAUUCAGAAGGUUUAUUAUGAGGCUUGUAAUGGAAAGUUGGAGCAAACUAGUUGUCCAGGAAAAGGGUACUUGAUUUGUUGAUUUGUCUUGCUUUCAACCUAGACCUGGAUGAUGCACCUUAAGAGCUUCGAUACAUCUUCAGGAGCAGUUCGGAAUUUCAUUUUCAUAUAGAUUUCAUGGGAGACUUUCAGAACAUCCGUUCGUUGUACAGAAUCAGAGCACUGAGAUUGCUUUUGUGAAGACGUAGUUGGAUAACUAGAAGCUCUGUUUUUUUUUUUCCCCCCUUCCUGCAGUGGUUCAUCAUCUUGGCAUCAGUGGGAACAAAAUUUCAUGGUCUUGUACGUUUUUUGGCUCAAUGGUGGUAGACAAUAGAUUGGAUUACAACUUUUUAGGUGCCAUUUUUAGAGGCAAUCACGAGAUGUCAAUUUUUAGGGGCAUCUUGACAGUUGUCCCUUUUCUCCCUAAUUUUUCAUAGUUUUGACAUUGUAAAUAUGUGAUUUCAUUUUUUUGGCUUUCCUUUUUCCCCUCUUGAUGAUUAGAUCCAACAAAUUGCGAUUGUUGUAAAAUGCCUGCUGAGAAAAUUGCUUCCCGUGUGGCUGUUGAGA